AGUUGAAUAUUAUUGUAACGAGGGUCUUACUCUGUGGGAGAAAGCAGUUGAUUACACACAUAUAUUAAACAACAGAAAAUCGAAUUUGAAACAUUUAACACCGGAAAUGUAUGAAAAUUUAACUGAAUCAGAAUUAAAAGCAUUUAAAAUACACUUUGCAAUUCUUUCAUAUGAGCAAUAUCGAGCAGCUCUGAGAGCCUUUGGACCGAAAGGUGCUGUUUUGAAAAGAUCCGAUAUAUUAAAAUUUAUGGCUGUUACACUGUAUUAUGCAGAAAAUUACACAGUCGAAGCUCAAAUAUACGUCAUUGUUGCAGUUUACAUAUUAACUGAAAAUUACAUGGAAAGUAACAUUUGGGAAGAAAAAGUCAAAGAAUUGCAAACUGAGUUGGAAAAAAUACAGCGACAAAAUAAUCGUCGUCCAGCUCCAACAAUAGGCAACAGCGCUUCGGCGAACGCAUCGUCAGCUUCACUCUCACAACUUGCCAUCUAUUCGCCGUCACAAAAACGAGAAAAUAUCCUGUUGUCAUAUGCUGGCGGCAGCAUCUCUCGAGCUCGAACUCGUUCAAAUGUUCGUUCAUGUUUACAGCAACUUAUACUUAAACAAUGUUUACUAAAAGUUGAUAACGACAAUGUUCGUCUUAAUCUUCCUAAAGAACUGGAAUUAAAAGUGAGAAAAGGAACCAUACGAUAUAGGCUGAUUGGUUUGGCUUUUCAACGCUUCCGCAAUGGUGCGAAAUUUGUUGCUAUUUAG